AUGAUGUCAUACAUCUCCCACUCUUCACCAAACUGGCUAGUCUUUUCCUUAUCUCUCACUUCCCCUCACUAUCUCAGUCAUUCAAUCAUCUCACAACCAACUUCUCUGUCUGCUUUACACUCAUUUCAGUCUACGUACGCAGCAGACUGGAGUUUUGAGCCUGAGCCACAAGCUUUACGACGACUCGGUUGUUGUUUAGUCCCCUUUCUCUACGCAUACAUAUACGUAUAUCUAUAUCAGUCUGUACCUAGCGUAACUUCUUUCUUCUUCUCCAUGAUGGACGACGAGGAGGAUAUUUUACUGGACGACGAAGAAGAGCCGGACGGAGGAGGAUCAAGCGACAACGAUGAUGACGAGUUGGUCGACCUGGCCAUGGAACCGGAGCCGUCCACCACCCAAGAGAAACAGGACGCAGAGGAGUUCCCUUUCGAAGUCUUCAAGACCACAGAGAUUGUCCAGCUCAUGGUCGACUGCAUUAAAGAUGUGAAUUCCGUUGUACAGAUACCCGCUACCAUAACAAGAAUACUUUUAAAUCAUUUUAACUGGGACAAGGAAAGAUUAAUGGAGAGGUAUUAUGAUGGUGACCAAGACCGUCUAUUUUCUGAAGCCCAUGUCAUUAAUCCUCACAGAAGGGAAGUGAGGCCAAGGAAAAUUCCAAGGCCUACUUCGACACAGUCACAACAAGGUGAAAUUCUGUGUGAAAUUUGCUUGAUGUCUAAACCACAGAGUGAUAUGACUGGUUUGGAAUGUGGGCAUCGUUUCUGCAGUCAAUGUUGGAUGGAAUAUCUAACAACGAAAGUGAUGGAUGAGGGAAUGGGACAAACUAUCUCCUGUGCCGCUCAUGGUUGUGAUAUUCUUGUGGAUGAUGCCACAGUUAUGUUACUAGUAACUGAUGCUAAAGUGAGAUUAAAAUAUCAGCAAAUAAUCACAAAUAGCUUUGUAGAGUGCAAUCGGCUUCUUCGAUGGUGUCCUGCCCCAGAUUGUGGUCACGCAGUAAAAGUAGCACAUUAUGAUACUAAACCAGUGACAUGUCUUUGUGGACAUACGUUCUGCUUCAAUUGCGGAGAGAAUUGGCAUGAUCCUGUUAAGUGCAAAUGGUUGAGGAAGUGGAUUAAAAAAUGUGAUGAUGAUAGUGAAACUUCUAACUGGAUUGCUGCUAAUACUAAGGAAUGUCCCAAAUGCCAUGUGACUAUAGAAAAAGAUGGGGGCUGUAAUCACAUGGUAUGCAAAAAUCAGAAUUGCAAAGCAGAUUUCUGCUGGGUGUGUCUAGGGCCAUGGGAGCCUCAUGGUUCUUCCUGGUACAACUGCAAUAGAUUUGAUGAAGAAGAGGCAAAGAAAGCUAGGGAUGCUCAGGAGAAAUCACGGGCAGCAUUACAACGUUACUUGUUUUAUUGCAACCGAUACAUGAAUCAUAUGCAGAGUUUAAAAUUUGAACACAAACUCUAUGCCUUGGUUAAGGUGAAGAUGGAAGAAAUGCAACAGCACAACAUGUCAUGGAUUGAAGUCCAGUUUCUGAAGAAAGCAGUUGAUGUACUAUGUCAGUGCCGUCAGACACUUAUGUACACAUAUGUAUUUGCAUUUUAUUUAAAGAAGAAUAAUCAGUCCAUUAUAUUUGAAGAAAACCAAAAGGAUUUAGAGAUUGCCACAGAACAGUUAUCUGAAUAUCUUGAGAGAGACAUCACUUCAGACAUGCUAGCAGAUAUUAAACAGAAAGUGCAAGACAAAUAUAGGUAUUGUGAGAGUCGACGCAAAGUACUUUUAGACCAUGUGCAUGAAGGCUAUGAGAAAGAUCUUUGGGAGUACCAGGAAUGUUAA